AUGGACAAAAAUGAUUGUAUACUUGGGACGUAUGAAGGAAAGAAAGCUGCUGAGGCCCACAAAGAGAUAUGUGAAGUUUAUGGUGUUGAUUGCAUAACAGAUCGCACGUGUCAGAAUUGGUUUAAAAAAUUCCGUUCUGGAGAUUUUUCACUCAAAGAUGACCAACGUUCUGGUCGACCUACUGAAGUUGAUGAUGACCAAAUCAAAGCCAUAAUUGAAGAGGAUCGUCACAUAACUGUUCGAGAGAUUGCAGAGAGGUUAAAUGUAUCGCAUACAACAAUUGAAAAUCACUUAAAAUGUCUUGGACUCGCUAAGAAGCUCGAUAUUUGGGUUCCGCAUAUAUUGAAAGAGAUUCACUUAACACAACGAAUCAAUAUUUGCGAUAUGCAUCUCAAGCGCAAUGAAGCCGAUCCUUUUUUGAAACGUAUCAUCACUGGUGAUGAAAGAUGGAUCAUGUACAGUAACAUUAUUCGAAAACGAUCAUGGUCCAAGCGUGAUGAACCAGCAUAA